UGCGCCAGCAGGGUUGAAGAUAUUACGCCUUCGACGAUACCCUUUAUCUUCAUCUUAAGAUAGUUUUGUUUAUUCGUGUUUGCAUAAGCUUUUUCUGCUUAAUUGUUCACUCUCUAGUGUAUAAACCAAUUUGCCUUACAUUUGACAAGUGAGAAAAAGAGAGUGCAUAACGUUGCAUCGUUUGCCAGCAAGCACUUUCUUAACUUUUCAUUUUCGUUUAUUUCAUAACCGUUAAAGGUUCCUCAGUUGUAACGUAAUCUUGACAUACAGAAUCGCACACAUUUCCCGGAUCAUCAUGUCGUGUAUGCUUUUUGGUAGAACCAUCGCGAUGCGUAUGAGCGCCGGCAGCCGGCAGUACAGCUCCAAAAUUACCAACGAUUUGAAACGUUCUACGUUCUCCAUGAACCUGGAUAAAAAUAACGAAGCUUACCUGCAGUAUUCGAUUGAUACGAAACGAAAUGUGAUAAACUUGGAGCAUACGUUCGUACCGGAUGCUGGUAAAGGGAAAGGCAUUGGCAAGCUGCUGGCACAGGCUGCGUUUGAGUACGCCAUCGACAAUAAACUGAAGAUUAAACUGGAAUGCGAUUUCACGGCAAAGUUUUAUCGAGACAAUGAGACGAAAUACAGAGAGUAUGUUUUGCAGUGAACCGGGACAAACAUUCAUACAGCAUGUACGUAUAUUCUGUUUACAGUUUUUUUUAUUAAAAAUUGUGCUACCUUCUAGUUGUA